CUCAGUCUCAAUACAACAUACCCACUUCACUGCCUUUCGCAACGAGGCUCUAGACAGACGCAAACGACUGUAUUCAUUACACUGCGUUCUCAGCACAACCACGGCCGAUAUCUUCCAAUCCCAGGUAUGCACUCUGCUUACAAGUCACACCACUCUCCACUCGAAGAUCUCGUUACUGCGCAGGGAGUCAGAGUAUGGAAGCGAAUUCCCAGCCCCGCUUGUACGACAAGCGUACGAAAACAACGCAGCCUUGCUGCAACGCAUCUCGGAAAUCAGCGACAACUGGCCGCAGCACUGCUUCCAACAUCACUUGAGACGAUAUAAAAAGCAAUCUCGUACAGAAAUAAGAACUGUGAAUGGCCACAACAAGAGGUGGAGAGGCGUGGCAUCCUCUAAAGCGUGAAACACUAUUGCAGCAACCAUGUAUGGCAUAUGUUGUGUACAGCAGCACACCCAAAGCCUCACCGCCAUUCCAACAAGACUUACAGGCUACCACAUUCUGCGCGCAAACCCUCGAGGUUCAGCUGUUCAUGCCACAAACCAAUCAUCACGGCUGCUGCACGACAAUCACGACAGUCAUGUCACCUGAACACCAAGAUACCGUGAUCGACGGGUCAAUGCACGCGUCGGCUCAAUGCACGCGUCAGCUCAGUGCACGCGUCGGCUCAAUGCACGCGAUCACCAUAACACACAUAUUUCCUCAACACCAUAACUCCACCAAAUCAUGUCUGUUUUUAAUGCGCUUGAAACAGCACGUGCAGCUGCACCUGGCAAACAGACCUGCUACCAAAAACUCGCUGAUCAGAUGGGGUUCCUGCGGUUCAUGUUGUUGCGCAAUGAUCGAGGCGUUACUAUGGGUGAUUUUUCAUAAUACCUUGGACAUCAGCUGAUCCAACCAAUCAAUGGAUGCCCAUGCGUAGGUCUCGUACUGCACGCGUAUUUAUAAGUAUAUCUGCCAAAACCUUGCCCUCAUCAAAUUGCUGCCCCUCUGCAAACCCCAACAUAGGGGACAAACUUAGAAAAAGGGUACAGAUAGAUCUCUUAUACUAC